AUGGCUGUUCUAUCGACAGAAGCUUGGGACGCAGGCCAUGCCACCAUCCCUCCCCAUUCGUUGAAGCUGGUGGUCAGCGCAGGGCGGCCCUUGUCCAUGGCCUCCCGAUUGAGCGACUGCGAUCGACCGAUGGCGGGCUUGACGGCAGGAGGCGGGCUGGCUGAGGACAGGGGCUUCUUCCCUUUCUCUAUUCGGUUCAGUGCCAUGGUGAUGGAGAGGACUGAGCUCAGGUCGGAUGGGGAGAGGAAACUGAGGGGUUCCGUUUUUUCUGUUAUGAAAAGACCGCCGGGAGCCAGCGUUCCCUUCUCUCGCUCGAUCCCAUCUCCUCCCUCGCGCCAUCACCACACACAGGAGAGAGAGGCGCGCCGACCCCCUCUGCCCGAUCCCCACUCCUCCCUCACCCCUCGACCCCCUCCGGUGCGCCUCCUCCUUCCCCAACACCGACCACGCACAUCGCCCGAUCCCGCGCGCAGGCCUCCAGCUCCGUCGCUGCUCUGCCGCGGCUGUGCCGUAGCGUCGUCCUCCGACGCCGGCGAGCACAGGCCGCCGUCCACCUCCGAACGCCUACUCACGCGGGCGCGGCUAGGCCUCCCCUUCCCCGAGCCUUCCGUGCACCUCCACCUCCUUGCCGGAGCAGCAGCAGCAGCUGGCAACCACCGACAAGGGCGACCACCCAGGAGCCCCGACACCGAUGCCAUGGCCGUGCCGCUGCUGUCGAGAUCCCUCACCCUGGACUUAUCCAUUUUUGGCGUGCGCUCGCGCCGCCGGCAUCAGCGUCGCCGGAGGUCCUCGUCGGCUCCCCAUGUCGUCCCUCCAAGGCCCGCAACCGUUUUGGCCUACUUCGCCUCGGCCUCGACCGAGGACGAGCAGUGCUGCUGCCUGCUCGAUUCGCAUGCACGCGUGCCUUCCACGUUGACCGGGUCUCCGCGCGUGCCCAGCCGGCCAUGCCAGGCCCAGCCGCUGGCCUGACACGACCCCUUUCUUGUCCGCCAAGAUCGCCGGCAAAAACGACAAAUUUAAUCUAUGAAUGAAAAGAAUUCACAAAAUGAACUGUUGACGGAAAAAUUUCACCCGACUGACCCUGUUGUAUAGCGCCUGACAGACAGGCGUCACACUACACUAUG